AUGGCUGAGGAGUUUUUUGAAUCCGAUGUUGUUUUCUCCGACGAGAUUGAAUCGGAUGAAGAGAAUGACACACCGAUGAAGCAGCAGUACGAGGAGGAGGAGGAGGAGGAGAAUUCUAGUGAUGAGAUUGAUCAGGUUGAGGAGAAGAAGACUGUGGCGAGCUCGAAGCCGAUGAGGAUUCCAGAAGAGAUGUUUCGUCGAUGGGGUAACGGGUAUGAGUUCGAGGACGAGGAAGAGAUGGUGCCACCGCACGUGAUUAUGGCGCGGAGGCUGGCCGGAAAGAUGACAUUAUCGAUGUGUUUUGGGAAUGGAAGGACAUUGAAGGGAAGGGAUUUGAGCAGGGUGAGGAAUUCGAUUCUUAGGAUGACUGGUUUUAUUGAAGUUUGA